AUGGCAACCAUCGUGGUUUUACGACAGAGAUUGGGCAUGAGGAUUGUAAAUUAUUCACAUCGUUUCAUAAAGCAUCUAUUUACUGAUCAAACGAGCACAAAUUUGGCUGUUGGCAUUUGCCAGGAAGUGGACUGCGAAAAUGCCAGCAUAUCGUUGAGCCUGUCAGUCGGUCGUGGAGAUGGGGAUGUCAGUUUUAUAUGCUUUAACAAGACCAUGUUGCUGGAAGCCUACACCAGUGACGUCAUCAUGUUCGUCCUCAUCGACUCUCUUUCCAUGAAGCCGCUGGAAGCAAAGAAGUUUGAUGUUUCUUCAAGCUUUAAAAGUGCAGUCAAUAUUCCUCACAAUGCUUUUUUCAUAUUGACUACGACACUCAUGACAGAGUUUGUGUUUGCAUAA